AUGCUUUGCUUAAAAAAUAAUGAGGUCCGGACCCUACUUGAGAAAACCGGUAACAAUGUACAAAGUGCGGACAGCCACGGACGCUUAAAGGCUGCCCAGAACGGACUGUACUUGAAUUUAUUGGAAGAAAAUAAGGAUAAUGCUGAUGAUGAGAAUUACGAUUUAGAUAUUCAAUAUCAAAAUUGGCUCGAUGAUGAAUUGUCUAAUUUCAACGACGAUGACACUGAAGAU